UCUUGCACGCACGGUAGACACGACCGAACGGAAUUGAGGAUUCGCUUCGUCGUCGGAAUCGGUUGACUGAAAAUUAUCAGUAAUUUGUGUUUUUUUUUUCUUCUGACUUUGCGACGAUUGUUGUUUCGGUUGGAUUUGCCAUUUUUUUUGUUUGUUUGAAAGCGUCGAUUGACGAUUCGCAAAAUGUUACUAAUCCGGUGAUUAGAGUUUAAUUUUGUUUUAUGGCGGCAGGGAAAGUCCAAGUGCCGUAGUGCAGUUAUCGAGAUAGCAAAGAAAAAAAAAUACCGAAGCUUAAAACGUGAGCCAAACAGUUUGAACAGUGUCCGUCCGUGACUGGAAUGAGCCGCGAGCAAAAGAAAGAUCUAGCCGUUCCGAUGGGGGACAUUGAAGCGCCAGAUGGCCAGGAUAACCAGAAGCUGCUGUUCGAUAAGUUCCCACCGAUACUGAUCGGGGGCCAAAACGGAGGCUAUCAGCAGUUGCAUCGGCAGAAAAGUAGUCCAGUGACGCCUACUUCUCCGCUUGUCUAUGCGCCUCGAUCGCCGUCGCUUGGCAGAAGAAGCCGAGCAUAUCGUCCGGGCACAACACGAAAGUACCGGAAAAGGGCGAUCCUGAAGAGCGGUGAGUGCAACAUUUCGACGUCCAAAGUGUCCCAGCAGCGGUUGCGUUUCCUGCAGGAUAUUUUCACCACCCUAGUCGAUGCCCAGUGGCGCUGGACGCUGCUGGUGUUCGGAUUCAGUUUCGUCGGGUCGUGGCUGUUUUUUGCGGUGAUCUGGUGGCUGAUUGCGUUCACACAUGGCGACCUCGAAGAGCUCCAUCUACCCGACAAUCAAGCGGAAUCCGGAUGGAGUCCUUGCGUUUACAACAUCCAUUCGUUCACUUCCUGUUUCCUGUUUUCGAUUGAAACGCAACAUACGAUCGGUUAUGGUGUCAGAACGACGACGGAGGAAUGUCCGGAGGCGAUCUUUAUAAUGUGCUUCCAAUCGAUCUACGGUGUUAUGAUUCAGGCCUUUAUGGUUGGUAUCGUUUUCGCGAAGAUGACCCGACCGAAGCACCGCACACAGACGUUGCUGUUUUCGAAACACGCCGUCAUCUGUCAGCGUGACGGAGAACUGUGCUUCAUGUUCCGGGUUGGAGAUAUGCGCAAGAGUCACAUCAUUGGGGCUAACGUGAGGGCGCAGUUGAUUCGUACCAGAACUACCAAGGAGGGUGAAGUACUGAUGCAGUAUCAGUCCGAGUUGGAGGUGGGCGUCGAUGGUUGUGCUUCCGAUAUGUUCUUUAUAUGGCCUCAGGUGGUGGUUCAUAGGAUCAAUUCCGAUUCGCCGUUGUACAACAUGUCGGCGACGGAUUUACUGCAGGAUCGGUUCGAAGUAGUGGUCAUCUUGGAGGGAACGGUGGAAUCAACCGGACAAUCGACUCAAGCCAGAUCGAGCUACGUCAAUACGGAGAUCUUGUGGGGACAUCGAUUCGAACCCGUGGUAUUCUAUAACAAGGAUAUCCAAGGCUACGAAAUCAACUACAGUAAGUUCGACGAGACGCAACAGGUCGAUACGCCCCUCUGCUCGGCCCGCGAACUAGCCGAAUUCUACAAGAUUCAGGACGAUUACAGAAGCAAUGCGGAGGAAACAAUUCAAAUGCCUGCUUAGAUUGUUUCGCGUUUUACCGUGCCUUGCCUUGCCGUGUGUCGUCCUGUCUGUAAAAACCGAUCAUAUUCCAAUCCGAACGGAGAAGGCAGUUUUCAUCAUCCACUCUUCUCUGCAUUUUUUGUUUUGUUUGCGAAAUCAUUUUCCAGCUUGUAUUCAAACCUCAUCCUGCAGUCAUACGACCAUCAUCAUUGCUUUUACUCCUAAAAGUCAGCCGUGCGUUGCAAGCCUCAACAAUCAAUCUCAUACUAUUUCUCAUUGAUUGAAUGUAAGUCUCAUCGGACGGUGGGUUUUUUUUGUUGUUUUUGGUGGCUCGAGCGGCUUCGAAGCAAAGAAAUUAACUAACCACCUUUUGCUACUGCUUCUGCAUCAACAGACAAUCUCGACAACAUUUCCUCGAAAACUCUGCUGGAACAACGCUGGCAGAGCAAGUACCGCUCGCUGAUGGAUUCGCUCAGCCAAUCGGUCAAUCUGGAGGAUGAAACUGGAUCCCUGCGGCUCAGCAGGCACCCAUCGAAUCGAUCCUACUUGACGAUCCAGAAUGUCCCCCGGAGGCAACGAUCCUACAUGCAGCUGGAGAACAACCUGCGAAAUCUGUUCGACUCAGUUCCACCAGUGAAACCUCGUGCUGCUUCCUCAUCACAACCGCUUGCGGGGGAAUUCAGAGAUCGGUCGAGUUCUAUUCCGUCACCGGCGUCGCCACCGCCGCCGCCACCACAGCCGGUGAUCUCAGAAGGCGUCUUUACUUUCGGAAGCAAUCGCAAUCGGAACGAUUCGACGAGGAGUCGGCACAGCAGUUAGCGGCCGAUGGGCACGAGGAAUGAGAUCUUUGCUUUAGUUAUUUUUAGUUUUAUUCGUUUUUUUUUUUAUUUUGAGAUAGAGUAACGAAUGGUGCAUAGUCAGUAGGAUAACUAAUUCCUUAUUACCAAUUGUAGACUGUAAGACUAGCUAGGAUCAGUUGAAUCAGACAAGAGAGUAUUAUUUUAAGGACAACAUGAAGCGAACAUUAAAACCAGUGAUAUUUCAUCCGAGACGAUUGUUGAAUCGCAUAAAA